AAGAAUCCUAUUUCGCUGCAUCGCAUCAGUUUCGUUCGCGGCAAAAAAAUGGCUUCUCGUUGUCGAUCUUUCUCGAAACCAGCCGUUUCCAUGUUAAAAUCUGCUAUGAACAAACCCAAAUCGGCUUCAUCGUUUCUCGGCCCCCGUCCUUCGCUUGGACAUUCCAGAACAAUUGCUCAGCUAGGCUCGCUUCAGUCUCUGCUUCCACUUCACAGUGCGGUUUCUUCAGCUAGACUGACUUCGUGCCUUGGUUUUGAUUGCAAGAACUCUAGUUCGUUGUCUCAGGGUAUGCUCAAUGCGAAUCCAGGGGUUUGAUAUUCUCCCCAAAUGUCUUUUGAGUGUGAUUAGUAUCUAGCUUGGCCUCAGUGUACCUCGAUAAGACACCAGAAUUAUGCAAAAAAAAAGGAAUCUCAUUUGGGAUAAGGCUCUAUAUUCGUCUUCCUUUUGGUGUUUCCUAGUCAUGCAACACUAUUACCUUUCGUGUGAUUCCAAUUAAUCUAACGAUUUCGUUUUGUAUUCUCAUAUUUUACACGGAUCAAAACCAAAUGUAACUGUGUUAUACAUUUUAUACAAAUUUUUGUCUAAAUGAAUCGGAAUUCAAGUUUCGUUUUGUGUCGUUUCUUGCUC